AUGAAUAACUUAAUCAAUGCUUCUAUUAAAAAUCACUCCACUAAUUUAGCAUAUAUUUAUUAUGACAAUAAUAAUGUUUCGUACUCUCAAACUUAUCACGAAUUAAAACAAGAAAGUGAACAAAUAAAACAAAUGUUUAGUGAUGUACCAAAAGGUGCGCUUGUGGGAGUUCAAUUGGGCAAGAAGCCAUGCCUCUUACCUGUGAUUUAUUGUUUAUUGGAAUGUAAAAUCGCGUUUUUACUGCUUGAUGAAAAUGAGCCAUAUCAUGAUUAUGUUAACAACAAUGUCGUUUUGUACGCGUUGAUAACAUGUAGUAAUCAUAGAAAUGAAAAGACAGCUUUAUUACAUGAAAAUCAUGUUUAUAUUACCAAGAAAGGCUGUUGUUUCAAUUUUCAAUUGAUUAACUUAAAAACUCCGGAAAAACUUGAGAAAAGUUUGAAUUUUGCUGGAAUAUGUUAUGUUAUCACAACAUCGGGUACUUUAGGGACGAAAAAGAUUGUCAAAGUUACAGAAAAUUCCAUAUUUAGUAAUAUAAAAUCAUUUAUAAAAUUUUUUAAUAUUACACAUACUGAUGUGAUUUACUUCGGAACUCCAUUAAGUUUUGAUCCGUCACUUGUAGAAUUAUUUUUGGCACUAACAACAGGAGCUUGUUUAAUUUCCACGUCCAAAGAAAUAAGAAACAAUCAAGAAAAACUGCUACAAAUUUUAUUCCAGCAAGAAAAUACUUGUAAUUCAUUUGGUAAAAGUGUAACUUUUAUGCAAAUGUGCCCUUCAGUUUUUACACAGUUUUCUGUUGAGCAAAUUGAUUUCAUUUUGUUCAAAAGUGGGCUUAAAAUCCUAGGUUUAGGUGGAGAAAAGUUUCCGGUUCAUAUUAUACCGGAACAAUCCCCAAAAACAUGUAAAAUUUAUAAUUUUUAUGGGAUAACUGAAGUUUCUUGCUGGGCAUCCGUUGAAAGAGUAUUUUAUGGUGAAGAAAUCAGUUUGGGGAAACCUCUGGAUGAAAUACUCUUUCAAAUUGAGACUUUUGAUGGAACUUUAAUAACUGUAUCAGAAAAUUUAGAUAAAGAACAAAAUUACGAAGGAAUUUUACGUAUUGGAAGUAAAACAAGAUUAUGUUACAUCGAUGAUGAAAGUGUGCAUGGAAAUGAUAAAAAUACUGAAGAUAAAUACAUUUUUCGCAGUACUGGCGAUAUUGUAAACGUGAAAAAUGGAAAAAUAUUUUAUAUUGGAAGAGAAAAUGACGUGAUAAAACGAUUUGGACAUCGAAUAUCUUUGUUAAAAGUACAAGAGUUAAUUUAUACAUCCACACAAAUUGUUAACCAGUGCAUAUUCUAUCAGAAUAAAUUAAUUUGUUUUCUACAAGUGCACAUUACUCAAGGGAGUGAUGAAGUUAAAAUGAAAACAAUAGAUAAAAUUCGUGUGAAAUUAAUCAAAUCUUUAAAACCUGAAUUUAUGCCUGAUUUAAUUGAAAUAUUACAAAAAUUUCCAAUCAAACAACAUAAUGGUAAAUUGGAUAAAACUGCUUUACAACAAAUGGCAGAUCGUUUGUUCAAAGCUGAUACCCAACAUAAUAUGGAGAAGAGUAUAAAAGAUAUAUUUCUGGGUUUGUGGUGUACAUAUCUUGGUAUUACUGGAACUACAGAUAUGCAGCAUUUUUAUGUUCGAAAUUUUUGGGAUUCUGGUGGAAAUUCAAUUGGGGCAAUGCAGUUAUCACAAGAAUAUGAAAAUUUGACAAAAUCCGCAUUUAAUCGCUCAUUACUGGAUUUAAAACUGGAAGAAGCCUUAAAUUUUAUCGAUAAAACUGAUAAUACUUUUAAAAAUACAAAAAUUGAAUCUUCGACCAUGUUUAAGAUGAUUUGGAAAGCAGAUAUGAAAGCUUGCAUAGAUUCAUCUCCAAUUGUUUGCAACAUAAAUGGUCGAAUAUAUGUGGCAGUUGGUAACUUUGCUCAUACUUUUAGUAUUUUUGAUGCAGAAUCUGGACAAGUAAUUGCUUCAAUUAAUCUUCCAAAUGUGAUAGAAAGUGCAUCUCUUAUGAUUGAUCAAUACUUUUAUGUGCCUUGUUUUGAUGGUAAAUUAUAUUGUCUUAAAUUAUUAAUUGACAAUUCUAAAAAAAGAAACGAAGAGAAUUUGGAAUGCGUGUGGACUUUUGAAACAGAUGCUCAACUUAAGAAUAAACCAAUAUUCAUAGAAGAUAAAAUAAUAUUUGGAUCAUAUGAUGGACACAUUUAUUCUCUUUCUAAGGAAGGUGUUUUACUAUGGAAAACUAUGAUUGAAGAGCCAAUAUCUGCUGAAAUUAAACAUUUCAGCGAUAAAUUAUAUGUUGGAGCACUAAAAGGAAGCAUAUUUUGCAUAUCACACCUAACGGGAGCUGUUUUAUGGACUUAUAAAGCUCAAAAUCCAAUAUUUACGUCUCCUGAAUUGUCUACAAUGAAUGGCGGUGUUUUGUUUGUUGAUGUACAGGGAAAUAUUUACUGUUUUUCAUUGACAAAUACAGCUGAUGCGCUGCAUUGGAUACUGGACGUAAAAACAAUUACCACUCAACAGGCUCUAACAACAUUUGCUUCCAUGCUGGUAGUCAAUAACCGAAUAUUCAUCGGAUCGCAACAAGGUAUAAUAAACAUAUUUAAAUUUAACGAAAGUCAAUGCAACUUAGAAGAAUCAGUUUCGUUAAAUACUACAUCAUCAAUAACAACCAAACCGUUGAAUUUAACUAUAAAUCAUAGGGAUUAUCUGAUUGUAGUUAAUAGUAUGGGUUGCAUAUAUUGUUUCCACAUAAAUAAUUCUCAAGAAAACCAAAAAUGUUCUCUGAUGUUAUUAGGUGCGCAUAAUUUGUUAAACGAGUGUUUUUCCUCACCUCAAGCUUGUAUUCGCCAUGAAAACAGAUUUUAUUUAGGUUGUAGAGAUAAUAAUUUACAUUGUAUUGAAGUAAAUCCAUAAUAAAACAUAUUUCAGCUUUA